UUCCUACCAUAAAGAAAUUCCAUAUUUCCUUAUUUCUGUAUUAUUUUUUGUAUUCAAAAGACGAAAAAACAAAUUUAAGGAAAACGAAAAAACUAAUUUUGGAAGAUUUAAGAAAGCCUCUCUAUUUAUUUUCAAUGUAAUUAAAAAAAUACUCCAUAUGGAGUGAGCGGUAUCCCCUUAUUCUCCCCCAGUUAGGGUACAAUUGUCAGCUUCCCACAAUUCAACGGAGGGAAAAUUGGCGGGAAUAGUAAAUCCCUCGGCGCCUGGUUCAGCUUCGAAAGUCGUUGUGAUUCUUUUGCACAGAGACAUUUUCUCCAAGAAUGUAACAGUUUUCCCCGCAAAACCCACGAGUUUGGAGGAAUAAUCAAACAACUCAUUACUUUUUGAAGGCUACCUAGUCACAUUCAGCGAAAAUGGCGAUGGAAGAGUGUCGAACCGAAGCAAGCAUUGGAAUAGAAGAUUCCGAAAGCGUCCGUGGUUCAUCCGAAGAUGAAAACACUGCAAAUUCGACUUCUGUGAAGACGGCCGCUCAAGCUGACAGUUGCUCGCCGUGUGAGAGAAAGAAAAGAAAACGUAUUUCACCACAGUCGACACCUAAAGUGGCAGAAGGUUUUGGAGAUAGCAAGGCUGGUGAACUUCUGAAGAAGAUCCCAGAACUUGAAGAUAUGUUCACAUUACUGUCAAAAGUGGGAGAAGGAACCUUUAGCAAUGUUUACUUGGCUAAAAUGAACAGAUUACCAGAUGAAUUAUGUGCUUUGAAGCACAUCAUUCCUACCAGUGGCCCUGGAAGGGUUGAAAAUGAGCUUAAAUGCCUCCAAGAAAUUGGGGGCACAGACAAUGUAAUCGGAGUUGAAUCAACGUUAAGAUGCAACGAUAAUAUAGUAUUUGUCUUACCUUAUUUCCCACAUCAAAAAUUUCAGGAGUAUUUUUUAGAAAUGACUGUUUGUGAGGUCAAAGAAUAUAUGAAGAAUCUAUUUAUUGCUUUGAAAAGAGUGCAUUCUUUCCAAGUCAUCCAUAGGGAUGUAAAGCCAAGCAACUUUCUGUACUCAAGGGAAACAGGAAGUUACCGACUUGUAGAUUUUGGCCUUGCCAUGAAGGUACCUGGGAGCACAAAUUCUCUCCUUGAUUCACCUAAAGAACCAAUAAAGAAACAAAAAAGAGGCAGCCAGCAAUCUCCUAAAAGAACAUCUCAGCCCAGACGUCGCAGUUCACGCCUGUCUCCUCAGACUGACAAUAAAGACCAAUCAGCAAGUAAAGAGGAAUGUGUCCUGAAGCCGCGCUGUGUAAACACAGCUAACUGGCAGUUUACACAUCAGGCUAAAGGCUUCAAAGUUCCUGCCAAUAAUGCAACGUCUAAGUUGAGAGGGACCUCUCAUGAGAAUACAAAAUCUAAGGAGGGCUUGUUCAAGCCGGCUCAAGUGCUGUGCCCUCUGAGACAUGGUCCUAAAGAUGUGUGCACCAUUUGUAUGGCCAGAGGCCAUCAAAACACUCCACGAGCGGGAACGCCAGGAUUUCGCUCUCCAGAAGUGCUCCUCAAGUACCCUCAACAGUCACCUGCUGUGGACAUGUGGUCAGCUGGGGUCAUCUUUCUUUGUAUACUUAGUGGAAGGUACCCGUUUUUCAGAGCGUAUGACGAUAUGACAAGCUUGGCGCAGAUCAUGUCUUUGUGUGGAACUGGUGCAGCUGCUAAAGCAGCUUUCAAGCUUGGUAGGAUUUUUAACGUAGGAGAACUACAUGUAGCACUGUUUUUGGUUGUAAAAUUCUUGACAGGUAUCUAUUCUAUUCUUGAUGUGUUACACCUGUUACACGUUUUCUUGUUCACUAACACCUUAAUGGACGCUUUUUUCACAGGCAAGGACCUCAACUUUAGCUCGGACUGUCCUUCAGGAAAUCUCAAAAUUCUUUGCACCAGAUUACGUAGUCGCGCUAGCAAGGCACCGACCGUUAAAUGCUGUUUAAAACAAUCAAACAGGGAAGAUGAAGAACAAUCCGUGCCUGCCAAAAGACUCAAAAGAAAACCAAGAUCUCCACCCUGCCCUCAGACACAUCCGGCUUCAAAUCCUUGGCAUCAACGCUGCACAAUCUGUCAAAAACGAAAUCCUUAUUUAUGUAUGACACUUCAGAUGGACGCAGAACCCAAUGAUAAGACUUGCGGACAAUCGGAGCACUCAGACAUUGUUGGGCACAUUCAUGUGGAUGGCAGUGAAUGUGGCAGUACCUGUUCCACAUGUUGCUGGGCUAUCGAGGACAGUGCUUAUGAACUUCUAGAGCGAUGUCUUGAUUUGAACCCGCACACUCGAAUCACUGCAGCAGAAGCGCUGGAACAUCCAUUCUUUAAGGACUGAUUUUUCUUUUUUUUCCAUCCAAAGAAUAGCUAUCUUUACCAUGUAAUUUUCAACAUACAGUAGCGAAAUCAGAGGAUGAAUACCCAAAAAUGUUUGUUUGAACCUGCAUAACACAAUAACAUGUGCACUGCAGAUUGGUGCUUUAAGAAGUGAUCUAGGAAGAAACGUAAGCAGAUAUAAAGAACUCUGGCGUCUUUCUUGGGUUUCCUGGUUUAGAGUAUUCGGUGUUGCAGUUCGAAUCUAGCUGGAAAUCUAGGCAUUUUAAUGGCUUUCUUUGAACUGGCUAACUUUCUCUUCAUUGAUUUCCUGUUGCUACACUGAAUGAUCACGGCUGUCUCAUAAGACGCAGUUAAGACAUUUUGUGAGGAUAGCUAUUCGUUGGAUUGGGAAUACAAUGGUACAAUUGAAAGGGUCAGGGAACCUUUGUCGCUUCUAAGAGACACACGUAUACAUGUACAUAAAUAUAUCUAUUGAUGUUUGAACUGAACCGUACGUUUAAUCACCCAAUCGAAUAUGAAUAUGAAAGAUGUAAUCUAUAACUGUAUCAUAGUACACGCAGACGCAUAUUUUAAAAACAGUUUAUUCAUACGCAUUACAUAGAUUAACAGCCAGUAAAUUAAAUUUUGUGCGUUCGUGAAAUAUGUUCUGAAGCUUCAAAAAGAUAAAUGAUUUGCUUGAAAAGCAAACAAGUUCAUUAAGCAUCUCGGGACAAUUCAGCCAUUGAAGCCCAAGUUCAGAACAGCUCGUUAUUUCUUGCUUCUCGGUACAAUUUUUAUAGUGUUAGUCCGUGGAAUUUGUUUGAAUUUCACGACAGUAUUCCUGCAUCCUUGAUUUUACUAGAAGAAAAUGAAAUUCCAUUUACUCUUUGGACAUCCUGGGUUAUAGUAAUUGAGGCCAUGGAUAUAUUUCAGAAACAUGGAAAAGGCUGCGACAACACGAGAUGCCGGUUACGAUGUUGACAACUUGUGAAGUAUUCAAGUACGGCAAACACUCGACAUAAAUACUUUGUUUGAUUUAUUCGUUCACCAAGCAUUUUUAUUUUUUAGAAUUUGCGAUGUAGAUAUGUAUAUAGUUAUGAAAUAAAGCACCCUCCACCC